CAUGUCACACCAUGGCGCCGUUCUCCCGCAUGCAGCUCAGGUGUCCGCCGCAUCGCCACGCGCCCAACCCACGUGUCACCUCACCCCGCGCACGCACCGCUCUUCUCUAUAUAGCUAGAGCCAAGGGCAUCGUACCGAGUUCGCCAUCAGACCGCCGCUGCUCGGGCUCGCCAGAUCAGAAGCCUUGUCGUCGUCUCCCUCGACCUCCACCGCCCGAGCUCGCCAUGGUCACGACGGCGUCGGCGCGCGCGCACCAGCAGCACGGCGGGAAGCAGCAGCAGUACCAGCCGCUGCGGCGCAUUGAGGGGCUGAGCCUGAGGUCCGCGCUCCGCAGCGACCCGCGCGUCCCCGCGCUGGCCGCGGCCGCGCUCCUCGUCCCGCUCGGCGCCGCGCUGCUGGCCCUCUCCGGCCUCUUCCUGCUGGCCACGCUCGCCGGCGUCGCGCUCUCGGCGCCGCUCAUCCUGCUCUUCAGUCCGGUUCUCGUGCCCGCCGCCCUCGGGGCCGCGCUGGCCGUCGCUGGGCUCGCCGCCGCUGGCGCGCUCGCCGUCUCGGGGCUCUCGGCGCUCGUCUGGGUCGUGGGGUACGUCCAGAGGGGCCUGGCGCAGGGCGACUCCGGCCGGGUGGGCGGAAUGGUGGUGCAGCCGUUGGACAGCGGGAAGCGGCACGGCAGACAGGGGGCGCCGGCCUUCGUCGGGCACAGAGUCGGGGACGAGGCCGUGGACGCUCUGGGCACCACCAAAGCGCGGGACGUCGCCAGCACCUAACUAGAGCAGCACGGGUGAAUGUAUGGACUUGCGCGUCGUGCGUAUGCGUUUGAUUUGUCGAAAUCUGAUGUGCGUAUGCGUUUUCAUAGUUUCAUACUACUCUAGUUGAUCUGCGGAGAUGUAGAAUAAAGAGUAUCAUUGGUAAUAGAACAUCAAUAAUGUGCGGACGAGUAA